GUUCGCAAAUACUGUGUUGGCUAGUUCAGGACGCUCCACCUCCGUACCGUGCAACCGCGAUUAGACAAGAUCUGAAUGUACAUAAGCAUUUAGCAUUGAAAUGCCAUGUGGUAGGUGGCACAACAGUCAAGAGAACUUGAUUUAGCAAAAUAAAUCUUGAAGUGAAUCCACACAGAAGCAAAUUUUGUAAGAGCGGCUUACUCUGAACUGCAACAAUGUCUGCCCAAAUCAUCAGCGGAAAAGAAGUUUCUGCGCUGGUGAGAGAGCAACUAAAGAAGGAUGUGGAGCAGAUGAAGAGCCAGUUGCCAGAUUUUCACCCGGGCCUUGUGGUAUUACAGGUGGGGGACCGAGAUGACUCCAACCUCUACAUCAGCAUGAAGCUGAAAGCUGCAGCUGAGAUUGGGAUCAAUGCCCGACAUUUGAGGCUGCCAAAGACUGCAACAGAGGACGAUGUCCUGCGCAGUAUCACGGAGGUCAACGAGAACACUGCUUUCCAUGGCCUGAUAGUCCAGCUGCCCCUGGACUCCAUCCACAGCAUUGACACCGAGAAGGUCACCAACGCUGUGGCACCAGAGAAGGAUGUUGACGGUCUGACCAGUAUAAACGCGGGGAAGCUCUCUCGCGGGGACAUGGGCGACUGCUUCAUCCCUUGCACUCCCAACGGCUGCAUGGAGCUCAUCAGACAGACAGGCGUGUCCGUGGCGGGGAAGAACGCCGUGGUGAUCGGGCGCAGCAAGAUCGUGGGCGCGCCCAUGCACGACCUCCUCCUGUGGAGCCAUGCCACCGUGACCACCUGCCACUCCAGAACCGCCGACCUCGCUGCCGAAGUGGGCAGGGCAGACAUCUUGGUCGUUGGGGCUGGGAAGCCGGAAAUGGUGAAGGGAGAGUGGAUAAAGAAGGGAGCGGUGGUCAUCGACUGCGGCAUCAAUCACAUCCCAGACAGCACCAAGCAGAGCGGGAAGCGCGUGGUGGGAGACGUGCACUACUCCUCUGCCAAAGAGCGGGCGGGGUUCAUCACCCCCGUCCCAGGGGGCGUGGGCCCAAUGACUGUCGCCAUGCUCAUGCAGAAUACGGUGCAGAGUGCCAAGCGCUUCCUUCAAAAGCACCAGCCGGGAAAGUGGAGCAUGUCCUAUACCAAGCUGAACCUGCAGAAACCUGUGCCAAGCGACAUUGUGAUCUCCCGCUCCUGCGCACCCAAGCCCGUCGACCGCCUGGCCAGGGAGAUCGGUCUGCUCUCCGACGAGGUGGAGCUGUAUGGGAAAACCAAGGCCAAGGUCCAGCUGCAGACCAUCAAGCGCCUGCAGGCGCAGCCUGAUGGGAAAUAUGUGGUCGUCACAGGCAUCACGCCCACCCCUCUGGGGGAGGGGAAGAGCACCACCACAGUGGGGCUAGUGCAGGCGCUGGGGGCACAUCUAAAACUCAACGUCUUCGCCUGCGUUCGCCAGCCCUCCCAGGGCCCCACCUUCGGGAUCAAAGGUGGCGCUGCUGGAGGUGGAUAUUCCCAAGUCAUCCCUAUGGAAGAGUUCAACCUCCACCUCACCGGCGACAUCCACGCCAUCACUGCCGCUAACAACCUGGUGGCUGCCGCCAUCGACGCCCGCAUGUUCCAUGAGUCCACGCAGUCCGACAAGGCUCUGUUCACCCGGCUGGUCCCCCUGAACGCUGGACAGAGGAAAUUCUCACCCAUCCAGCUCGACAGACUGAAGAGGCUGGGCAUUGAGAAAUCUGACCCCUCUACCCUGACAGAGGAGGAGAUAACUCGCUUUGUCCGGCUGGACAUCGACCCAGACACCAUCACCUGGCAGAGAGUAAUGGACACCAAUGACCGGUUCCUCAGGAAGAUCACAGUCGGCCAGUCUGCUACAGAAAAGGGAUUCACAAGGACGACGCAGUUCGACAUCUCGGUGGCAAGCGAGAUAAUGGCCGUGCUGGCCCUGACCAGCGGCCUGGAGGACAUGCGGCAGCGGCUGGCCAAGAUGGUGGUGGGCAGCAGCCGGAGCGGGGAACCUGUCACCACUGGGGACCUGGGUGUGUGCGGGGCACUGACGGUGCUGAUGAAGGACGCCAUCAAGCCUAACCUGAUGCAGACUCUGGAGGGAACGCCCGUGUUCGUCCACGCAGGUCCGUUUGCCAACAUCGCUCACGGCAACUCCUCAAUCCUGGCCGAUAAAAUCGCCUUGAAGCUGGUGGGCCCUGAAGGAUUUGUUGUGACCGAGGCUGGCUUCGGCGCGGACAUUGGCAUGGAGAAGUUCUUCAACAUCAAGUGCCGGUACUCGGGCCUGCGGCCGCACGUGGUGGUGCUGGUGGCCACGGUCCGGGCCCUGAAGAUGCACGGAGGCGGGCCCACGGUCACUGCGGGGCUGCCACUACCUAAGGAGUACACAGAGGAGAACCUCGAACUGCUGGAGAAAGGCUGCAGUAACCUGAAGAAGCAGGUGGAGAAUGCCAAGGCCUUUGGGGUUCCCGUAGUGGUGGCAGUGAACGCCUUCAAAACAGACACGGAUGCGGAGUUGGAUCUAGUCUGCCGCUUAGCCAAGUCUGCGGGAGCCUUCGAUGCAGUGCGCUGCUCUCACUGGGCUGAAGGGGGCGCUGGUGCAGUGGCCCUAGGGCAGGCCGUGCAGAAGGCAGCCAACGCCCCCAGUGAUUUCAGGUUCCUCUACGAUGUGGAGCUACCCAUUGUUGAGAAGAUAAGGAUCAUAGCUCAGAAGAUCUACGGUGCUGAUGAUGUAGAACUCCUACCUGAAGCCAAAAACAAGGUGGAACUCUACACCAAACAGGGCUUUGGGAAUUUGCCCAUCUGCAUGGCCAAGACUCAUCUGUCCCUGUCCCAUGACCCGGAGAAGAAAGGGGUGCCCACGGGGUUCGUUCUCCCCAUCCGGGACAUCCGUGCCAGUGUGGGCGCUGGAUUCCUCUACCCGCUGGUUGGCACGAUGAGCACAAUGCCUGGCCUACCCACAAGGCCCUGCUUCUACGACAUUGACCUGGACCCAGAGACCGAGCAGGUGAACGGCCUCUUCUAAGAGGAUUGCUCUUGGUGUUCAGGACCUGUAUGCUGCAUGGAGGAGAUCAACAGCCUCCAAGAAAUUCUAGUGAAAUGUGAUGGAAUAAUUUUCACUUUACAACUUGGACACCUUCCAUGUCUCCUACCAAUAUUGUGAUUCGAUUUUUCCGGUGGAUAACUGAUGGAAUUUGAUGUGAUUGCCUCUUUUCUACAGUAAACUGACUAUUAAAAUUGAUCCUACAAAACACUGUCAAAGGAAACUUCAAUUCUGUUUAGCCUUUCAGUUUAGAGAGUGAUGUGUGAAGAAUGCAUGAUCCUAUCAUGAAAGUUAAUGUCUUCAUCAGUGGUGGCACCACGUCCACUGAGGGUUGUUUUAUUGUCUAUCUCUGAAAGAUAAUUGUAGCGACCUUUUGGGUUGCUCCACAUUAUCUGCCUUGAACUCAUGCCCGUCUGUCUUAGUUUUGCAAAGUAUUUGCAAUGGCCCAUAUCACAAUAAUAACGGCAGCCAAAAUUAAACUUUUCUAAUGGCAUUUAUCUCCAGACCAUAGUGAUAGUGACAUUGUUCCCUUUCACGGUUUAAAUUAAGACUUCCUGGUAGAAUGUGCAGACGAGGUAUUCAUUUGCAUUUGUCAGAGGGUAAUGAAACAUUCCAUUGCUGCUAAUGUCUUUGUUAGCCAUAAUAAAAAAAAACAAACGUUUCCCACAGUGGGAAUAUGUGCUUUGAGAAACUGGAGCAUAUGGUGUCUUGAGGAACCGUUCCUUCGAGAUUUAUGCGAAGAGCCACAUAUGCAGUAUGAAAGGGAGUUGAACCAUUGCUUUGAGUAAUAAUCAGUGAAAUAUGUUUUGGCAUCCAUAUGCUCUUAUCCUGACCAAUUUACAGAUUACCUUUUUUAUGUGCAGUUCAUGUAUACAGCUGUAUAUUUUUACUGAAGCAGUUCAGUUCAAGUACUUGCUCAAGGGUACAACGGCAGAGCCUCAGCUGGAAAUUAAACCCUCAACCUUUGAGUUGCAAGCUCAGUUCCCUAACCAUUAUACUUCACCACUGCCCACUGUACGCUUUGUCAUUGCUUUGGACUGUAUGUGCAUUAUUUGUAUUGUUUCAGUAGUCUAAUGAUGAAUGGCUUUGGGAUAAUUCAGAAUUAAAGACCGAUAAAUUAA